AUGGAUUCUUCAAAGAGCGCCAGACACUUCAGUGUCACGAUGCUCACAUACCUCGGCUUUGCGAUACUCGGUCUUGUCAAUGUAACUGUACCGUUCAUUGUACACUCAGCAAACUAUCUCAUCAUCCCAUACCCACGUUGGGUUGUGAUUCUCAUCGAGACUCUUCCGGCUUUACUCACCAAGCUCCUGAUACCUCACAUCCUCCAUCGCGUCCCUUACUGGAUACGCCCUCUUACUGUUGGAGCAGGCUGGAUCACAGUGGCACUGAUCACAAAAGUCACGCCGCCCAACAUCGCACCACCGGUUCGCAUUUUGACCUCGGCACUUGCGUCAGUGUCAGCUGCCGCAAUGGAGGUAUCGUUUCUGGGAAUGAUGCGUUACUACGGCCGAAUUGGUCUCGCCGGAUGGGGUGCUGGUGUUGGCGCCGGCGCUGUGUUUUGCGCAGUCUUGCCUUUUGUUCUGACAGUCUGGCUAGAGUCUUUCUUGCGAGACUUUAUUGACUGCAUUUAUGCUCUCACAGGCGCUAUGCUUGUGGCAUUCUUUGUAAUUCUCCCAGGAGCGCCGGUCAACUACCCCCAUGCGAGACAAGAUCUGUCUAAGAUUGAUGGAGAUAUAGAGGAUGCUUCAGCUCUGCUUCAGGACCCUGUCCAACAGCUUUCGAAGAUGCUGAGCUUCAGAAACCGAACUCAUCUCAUGAAAUCCAUGGUACGACCAUUCAUGAUGCCUCUAUUCGGAGCAUUCGCGAUUCAGGCGCUCCCAUACCCUGGUAUCUCAAGAGCAUUACCGCUUCCCGAGUCAUCUACAUCGUUCUUCUCCUACUUCACCAGCUACGGUCUUGCUUUCCAACUGGGGAACUUCAUCUCUCGAACCCAUACUUUGCUCUUUCAGCCAACCAGCACCAAAGGCGGCUUCGUGAUUCUAGGCACAGCCACCUUCGCCUUACUAGCAAACUCGAUCUUCCUGAUAUUUUCAACGCAGGUCCUUGUAGGAUUACUCGCUUUCGUUGCUGGACUUGGCGGAGGAGCGGUAUAUAUGAUCCUUUUCGAUAGGUUACUUGAAGAAAAGACUCUUGAACCUGGUGUCAACCUGGAGUUUAGUCUUCAGGUGGUGGGGUUUGGUGAGACUGCUGGCGUUCUCGCUGGCGGGUUGCUGGGCACGAUGCUCGAGAGUAUGAUGUGUGAAGGGGCAUUUGCUACCACACAGAGAUGGUGUCAUACUAGUCAAUAA